AUGUCAUGGUUGGCUCGAUCAAUCGCCAACUCCCUGAAUCUCGACGACGACACAAACGACGUCGUUCCACCUCCUAAUCGAGAUCACUCCACUGACAAUCCAAAAUCGGAAAAUCAUCAACAAACAGAAGAUUCAUCUUCACCGACAUCGCCUUCACGUGGCGUUAAAGAGGAUCUGUCGGAGCUAACUAAAACACUAACCAGUCAAUUUUGGGGAGUCGCGUCAUUUCUAGCUCCACCGCCACAAUCCGAUUCGUAUAAGCCUAUUGAUAACUCCAAAUUGGAUCCGGAUGAGGAGGAAUCCGACCCGGCGGCGGGGAUCGUAGGUUUGCAGACUGACUUUGCUGAAAUCAGUGGGAAGUUCAGGAGCGGAAUAUCUUUACUGUCGAGUAAUAUGGCGGUGUCGGAAAUUACGAAAAUGGCGUCGAAUUUACUGCAGUUGGGACCGGAAGAGGAGGAAGAGGGGAAAGGCUUUGAUCUGGACAAAGGUGUUGUUGGUGUUACGGAAGAAGUAGUGGCUUUCGUAAGGGACAUUGCGAUGCGUCCUGAAACUUGGUUGGAUUUCCCUUUGCCCGAAAAUGCAGAUGAUGAAGGUUCAUUCAUGGUUGGGCUCUUGGUUCAAGCUCUAGUUGAGCUUGGGUGUGAAGGAGGUGUAAGAGUUUCAGAGGGUUCUGAAACUACUAUCUCUAUUUUUCUGCUACCUCCCACCAAUACAG